AUGGAUGAAGAACUGCAAAUAGUUGACGUGUGGUCCGACAACUUAGAAGAUGCAUUUGACAGGAUCCGCGACCUUCUGGAACAGUACCCCUAUGUGUCAAUUGACACCGAGUUCCCGGGAAUCGUAGUAAGGCCGACGUCGUACCUUGAAGACUAUAAUUAUCAAACGGUAAAGUGUAAUGUUGACCUUUUAAACAUUAUUCAACUAGGACUUACAUUUGCAGACUCAGAUGGGUCAUCUCCAAAUAGCGCCUCGACCUGGCAAUUCAAUUUCAAAUUCGACCUACAUCAUGAUAUGUAUGCACAAAACUCAAUUGACUUGUUAAAGAAUUCUGGAAUUGAUUUUGAAAGCCAUCAAAGAAGAGGAAUUGACUUGGUGCAUUUUGGAGAGCUUAUCAUGUCAUCAGGCCUAGUAAUGAAUGAGGAAAUUGUAUGGAUUUCAUUCCAUGGCUCUUAUGAUUUUGCAUACCUACUAAAGCUGUUAACUUGUACUAAUUUACCGUCUAACCAGUCAUUAUUUUUCGAGCUGUUACACGACUUUUUCCCCUCACUCUAUGAUAUUAAGUUUUUGUUGGAUGAAAGGAGUAUUGAGCUAUCAGGUCGACUUUCACUUCAAAAGUUAGCUGAUCAUCUCGAUGUUAAACGCGUUGGACUUCAACAUCAGGCAGGAAGUGAUUCUCUAGUCACUUCCCGUACCUUUUUCAAGCUCAUGCAACGCUAUUUUGAGAACAAACUCGAUGAUCAAAAGUAUCAAGGUAUAAUUUAUGGACUUGGUAAAUCUGCUCCAUCCAAUGACAAGGAUUAUAGUUCCUCAAAUACACAGUCAGAAACCAAGGGGAAACCAAUCCAGGAACUCAAUGGCUACAACAGUAUCCUAAACUACAACACACAACUCAACUAUAACAAUAACAACAUUGUCAAUUCUAAUCACACCAAUAACAUAGCUGUCAACAAUCUAGGUGUAAACGGUAAUCAUUCCAUGAAUAAUCUAAGUGUAAAUAAUAACCUACCAUCAAACAAUCUAGUUAACAGUAACUUACCAGUAAAUAAUAACAUGGGUGUAAGUAAUCUAGGUGUAAAUAAUAAUCUCGGAUCAAAUAACCUAGGUGUUAACAAUUUAGUUAACAGUAACUUAACAGUAAAUAGUAACCUAGGUGUCAAUAACAUGACAGUAAAUAACUUAGGAGUCAAUAACAAUUUAGGAGUUAACAACUUAGGAGUAAAUAAUAAUUUACCGGUAAAUAGUAACUUGGGUGUUAACUUUGUAAAUUCUAACAACUUUCAAACUAAUACAUUUAAUCCGAACUUUCCAAAUACUUUUGCAAAUAAUACUUUUGGUACUACCAACACAUUUGGUACAAAUACAUUUGGUAGUUCUAAUACAUUUGGCACUAGUAAUACCUUUGGUAGUUCUAACACAUUUGGUACAAAUACAUUUGGUAAUAGUAAUACAUUCAAUUCCAAUACGUUUGGUAAUAAUUAUGUAAAUAAUGUAUUUAGUGGAAAUGAAAAGGAUGAGAAUUACAAGUGGAAUAUGCAAAAUAAUGUACUCUAUGACUCACCAUUUACUAAAUCAAAUAAAGAUCCUGGGAUACUAUCAGAUGUUACACUAUACGAUAAAAAGAAUUUUUACUAA